AUUAGUUCACAUUACUUGUCGUCCAUUUCACUCGUUUCUUAUCAUCACUUGAUGUGGCAGUUCACAACGGGCUAGUCUAGUCGAGGUGUGCUCCGUCUAAGGAUUGAUAGCAAACAUGGCGUGGCGAUUAAAUGUUAUUUUAAUGGGGUUUUGGCUUUUUCUAACGACCAAGACAGGCGUACUCUGCAAUUCCAUGACGUUACCAGACUUGCAAAGUACAGUCUGCCCACCUAAAACUUACGUCUGCGUGUUCGACGGAAGUUGUUGCAGCGCCGAAACCCAGUUCUGUGACCGGCAGAUUCAAACCUGCAAUGACGUGUUUCCCGCAGGCGCAGAUACUCUACAGCUCUGCUGCGCCGAGGUUCUAAAUACAUCAUCCACUGAAGGACGACUUAACGCUUGUCAUUUUAUAUACGGGAUGUCAUUGGUGGACCAAUGCAGGGGCAAGAAAGAAAAUUCCUGUGUGUCAAGCGACAUCUCGCCCAUAUUGAUAGCUGUGUGUGUAGUGGCAGCCGUCUUUUUUUGCCUAAUCAUAGCGUUAGUAGUUGGUUGUCUGUCAUUUAGAAGGAAAGCCAAUCGGAGAAGGAAUAAUCUUGUGGAAGAGGGAAAACACCCCAUCAUGGCUAAAGUACCGUAUGAGGGGGUGGACAAUGAAGAAGACGUGACUGCCCAAAUCAUCAAGGACGCUAACUCACUAGGCGGCAGCACACGUUCAGGAGAAAGUAACUCCAGCGAUGAUGUUUCUCUGGCCAGCAGUUCCGGCACUGAGAGUCAGGUAGAAGACAGUUCCCAGCAGUUUCCUCGGAUCAUCAAUGCGUCCAACAACAAUGAAAGUUCUGCUCUUGUAAUAACGGGGAAACCUUAUACAAACCCUCUUACGUAGAGACUUCGCAAGUAGAUCUACAUACUUGCAAAGUACAUACUACAUUUGUUGGAUAGUAGAACAUACGACUGCUAACCCGAGUUCGAAUCCCGGGUUCGUCCCAGUCAAAUGUCACUGAGUCCACCCAGCUCUGAUGGGUACCUGACUCACGUUAGGGAAAGUAAAGGCAGCUGGGCAUAGUGCUGACCACACUAUCCCUUCAUAUGCCGAGUUCACUAAAACAGAUGAACUCUAGUUCACCUGCCCCGGCCGACCGUCAGUGUACUCGAAGGGUACUUUACUUUUUUUAAAAUUAUUCAUAACAAUGACGACAGUCCGAAUUCCGUAUAUUUUAUUAAUCGUGAUAAUGACGAUGGUCUGAACUCCAUAAUAAUCUCUAUUCAAUUAUUCGUGAUAAUUCCAUAAUAAUCUCUAUUUAAUAAUUUGUGUUAAUUCUAUUAAAGUCUCUAUUUAAUUAUUCGUGAUAAUUCCAUAAUAUUCUCUAUUUAAUCAUUCGUGAUAAUUCCAUAAUAGUCUCUAGACGUCUAUAUAAUUAUUCGUAUUAAUGACGUCUUUCAUAAAACCAAUACACAACAAAGUCGACAUUAAGAAUAGAUCCGAUGCCAAAACGACGUCAAAAUAUGGUAUUAUGUCUAAAUAUUUUUUUACCAAAAUAAAAUUGUACAUAUUUUUUUCUAUGAAAGUGUUUAGACAUUGUAUUUGUGUUAAUGUAUAAGAUAUGUUUAGACUAGAAACGUGUUGCCCACUUAUCGAUCUGUUCUGGUCUUUUGGCUGUCAGUCAGCCCCUUUUUGUAGACAUGUAUCGGAUUUUUGAGAUGGAUGUUCCAUGCCAUGUAACCAUUGAACACGGAAACUUGUGUAAUGGUUUCCCGAGUUCCUUUUAUUCUUAUGUUGUUUUUUUUUUUAAUUUACAUUUUUAUUCUUUCUUACUACAGCUCAUGUAGCUUUUUUUUUUCUCUAAGCACCACUGUGUGUUAGUUACUGUUGAACAAUUUUUUUUCUCUAAGCACCAAUGUGUGUUAGUUACUGUUAAACAAUCACUGCUACAGUAGAAGGUUUUUUUAUUUUUUUUAUUUAUUUUUUUUUUUAUUUUACAAAACCAUUAAUCUAUCAGUAUCAAGGUACCAAAAAACUAUAUUGUUUUUUUUUCUGUCGGAUUUUGGGUCUCCAUUAAAAGGCCUGGUGUAAAUGUAAAAAGAAUAAUUAUUUCACUGGAAGUUGAUUGUUUUAAUAAAUAUUUAAACUGGAA